CAACGUGCAAUGGAACGCAGUGCACCGCGGAGUUGUGCUGCCCUCUGCUGGAUGAAGGUAAACAUACAAUCAUUGUGUCUGCCAAGCAUCCAAGCAAAGGUGAGGAUUAGGCUCCGCCUUCAAUUUGCAUCACUUGGUUUAGCCGCUCGCGCACGCGCUCUCUACAUACCCGCAACCCCGCCCCCCCCACCCCCCUCGACGCUGUUUCGGCGUUAAUCCGUGGCGGUCAUGGCGGACAUCAAGACGGGAAUCUUCGCCAAGAAUGUGCAGAAAAGACUGAACAGAGCUCAGGAGAAGGUGCUGCAGAAGCUGGGAAAAGCAGACGAGACCAAAGAUGAACAGUUUGAACAAGUUGUCGUCAACUUCCGAAGACAAGAGAGUGAAGGUUCGCGGCUGCAGAGGGAGAUGAAGGCCUACAUGGCCGCCAUCAAAGGGAUGCAACAGGCCUCCAUCAACCUGACGCAGUCCCUCCAUGAAGUCUACGAGCCGGACUGGCACGGGAAAGAUGAUGUCAUGACCAUUGGCAAGGAUUGCGAUGCAUUGUGGGAAAAUUUCCACAAUAAAGUGGUGGACUCGACACUGCUGAAUCUGGACGCUUACUUGCUGCAGUUUCCUGACCUGAAGACCCGCGUGGCCAAAAGAAGCCGCAAACUCAUCGACUACGACAGCGCUCGUCAUCACCUCGAAACUCUGCAGAUGGCCGGGAUGAAAAACGACCGCAAGAUGAUGAAGGCUGAUGAGGAGCUGAGGAAGGCCCAGCGAGUGUUUGAUGAGCUCAACACUGGUCUGCAGGAUGAACUUCCAAGUCUUUGGGACAGCCGCGUUGGAUUCUACAUCGGGACCUUCAAAAGCGUGACCAGUUUGGAGACCAAAUUUCACCGAGAAAUUUCUCUGGUGUGCAGGCAGCUGUACGAAGUGAUGACGCAACUUGCUGAGCAGCACGCUGACAAAAUGUUCACCAUCCAGGGAGCACCCAGGUGGGUGGAGAUGACUCAUGGCUCAGUGGACAUGUUCGAAAAGCUCAAGACAUUUCCAUUUGGCUCCUCUAGCGAUUCGGGGCCGCUGCGGCUGGCCCGGACGCCGUCGCCGCCCGAAGACCAAAGUCCGCCCGAGAGUCCGGAAGCCCGUUUCGAUCACACGCUCCGCCCGGUUUCUCCUGGGCCGCCACGGCCCAAAUCUCCCAUGCAGAUGAAAAAGGGCCCGCCGGUUCCUCCACCCCCAAAGGCCACGCCUUCCAAGGAGGUAGCGGAGGAGCAUAUCAUCGACCUGUUUGGAGGAGAGUUUUUACCGACGCCCUCACCAUCUCAGCCCAACGAAAGGCCAGGAGAAUCGCUCCUCGAUCUCGAUUUCGACGCUUUCCAGCCGGAUGACAGUGUGUCGCCAAUACCGCAGACGGCCGCGCCUUGGGAUACGUGGUCGGCUCAGCCAGCCCAACCUGCCUCAGAAAGCGGCUUUGUGGCUAACUGGUUAGCUGACUUUGGUUCAGCGGCCACCAACGGAGAGGCCUCCACAGGGGAGGCUGCCACAGGAGCUCCUGAAGGGGCAGAGGGAGGGGAUGGGGGUGGCGAUGGAGAGCCAGUCACCACUCCUCCUUCUCCUCCUCCUCCUCCUCCUUCCAAGGACAGCGAGGCAGCAGAGGAUGAGGAUGCCACUGGCCCGUCAUUCUUUGAUGAAUUUGAUCAAAUGAACGAAGCUGAUCCUGGACCAGCUGAGCCUUUGGAGAUGCCCAAUCCAGCUCCAGCUGCUGAUCCUGGACCAGCUGAGCCUUUGGAGAUGCCCAAUCCAGCUCCAGCUGCUGAUGAAGAAGCGCCUCCGGACUCCCUGGCUGGGGAAGAAGACCAAGCGCCGCCGGUGCCUGCUGCUGUUGAAGAAAAGAAACCGGAAACUUGCAACCCUCCUCAGGAAGAAAACUCUUCUGGAACCAUGCCCAUCCCAUCUGUGGUGAUUGAGCCCGCCUCCAGCAAUGAAGGCGACGACGAUCGCGACGCCGACAUGAUCUCGCCCUCCGCUCCUGGUGACAACUGCGUGGCGGCCGACACGGCUCCGCCCAAAGCCGCGGCCUCGUCGCCUGGGGGACUCCCCGCUGACUUCUUGUACAAGGUUGAGACCAUGCACGACUUUGAGGCGGCCAACAGCGAUGAGCUGGACCUGAAACAGGGUGAUGUGGUCUUGGUGGUUCCCACCGCUUCAGCCGAGGACCAGGAAGCCGGCUGGUUGACGGGAUUCAAGCAAAGCGACUGGGUGAUGAUGGGAAGCGGAGCUCCAAAGGGUCUUUUCCCAGAAAACUUUACACAGCGUUUGGAGUGAGGAGCCUUCCAGCCCGGGACUUUUGGGGGAUUUUGUUUGUUUUCCCAGGGUCAACCCUGCGCUCUACCCGUGAGGAAACAAAUCGUGAGUACGUCUUAGUGUGUGCAUGUUCCAUCUCAAAAGGCAGUAAAGCAAAUUGUCACCCAAAGGUGUCUCAUCGUGCGUGGUUAAGAAUCCUCCUGAGUCACAAACUCAGUGAUGUCGUUAUUUGUGCUCAUAUUUACUUUGGUCAUCAGUGUCGUGCAGCAACCAGAUGUGACAUUUCAUGUAGUUCUUCCCGAAAAUAGAUUGCUCCUCUGCAUCUUCUUACAGUGUUAUUGUUCUUUGAACAUGCUUGUGUAACAGAGCGAAAGGAAAUUGUCCUGUCAAAGAAUAAAGGUUCACCUGCGUUUCAGUGAGAAAUCAAAUGUGAAAUCAGUAUGAAGUUGAGGAUAGCGUAUGUGCAAAUCAUGUCACGGUGUCUAAUUGUAUUAUCACAAUAAAGAUGUUUGGUUGAAAUUGUCA